AUGGUUAAAAGUUUUUGCAUCUAUCUAUUGCAAUCUGUUCAUAUCUAUCUAUUAAACCUGUUAUUCUAUCUAUCUAUCUAUCUAUCUAUCUAUCUAUCUAUCUAUCUAUCUAUCUCAGUCUGUUCAAUCUAUCUAUCUCAGUCUGUUCAUUCUAUCUAUCUAUCUAUGCAUUUAAUUCCUGAAAAAGAGAAUUCGGGAAUUAUCAUAAACUCCUUCAACACACACACACAAAUUCUUUUUGCAUCUAUCUAUUGCAAUCUGUUCAUCUAUCUAUUACAACCUGUUAUUCUAUCUAUCUAUCUAUCUAUCUAUCUAUCUAUCUAUCUAUCUAUUACAACUUGUUUCUAUCUAUCUAUCUAUCUAUCUAUCUAUCUAUCUAUCUAUCUAUCUAUCUAUCUAUCUGGCCUCAGACUCAGCCACAGAGAAUUGUUUUUUCUUUCUUUCUCUCUUUCUAUGAAUCUUUAUCUUUUUUAUUUUCGUAUUCUCUCUUUAUUUAUUUAUUUCCCCUUCACAUAUUCUUUCUUUCUUUUCUUUCUUUCUUUCUUUCUUUCUUUCUUUCUUUCUUUCUCAUAUAUUUUUUCUUUCUUCCUACUAAGAAAUAUUUCGCAUUCUCUUCCACGUAGUCUUUCUUUCUUUCUUUCUUUCUCACAUAUUCUUUCUUUCUUACUUUCUUUCUUUCUUUCUUUCUUUCUUUCUUUCUUUCUUUCUUUCUACCAUGAAAUUCUUCGCAUUGUCUUCGACUCUUUCUUUCUUUCUUUCUCACAUAUUCUUUCUUUCUUUCUUUCUUUCUUUCUUUCUUUCUUUCUUUCUUUCUUUCUCUCUACCAUGAAAUUCUUCGCAUUGUCUUCGACGUAUUCUUUCUUUCUUUCUUUCUUUCUUUCUUUCUUUCUUUCUUUCUUUCUUUCCCCUUCACAUAUACGUGUCUUUAGUCCUUCUUAG